CCGACCCGACCCGGCCUCAGCGGCGCUAACUGCGGCUGCCCGGAGCGCGCCGGGCCCGCCCCCUUGCCGAGCUCCCCACCUGGUCCCGGGGCCGGCGCUUCAGCCGGCCGGGCGCGGGGGCUGCCCGCUGGACACGGCGCAGAGCCGGGCCCGAGCCCGGGCCCGCCCGCCAGCUCCCCAGGCGCGUCCCAUCGCCUCCACGGGACAGACUGAAAUCCGUGGUGGAACGAGAGUCAGACUGAAUAACACACACAAUGUUGAUGACUCGGGGAGAGAGUGAAGGACAUACUGUUCUUUAGCAUCAUUAUUACACACUAUUUAAGACAAAAUGAAGAUCUUUAUUCUGCUUUGGAAACAUUAGAAUUUAAGCAUCUGAACUACAUUUUCAUUACAUUUUACUAGUGAUCCCACUAACACGGCUGCUACUCUGAAACCUGUCAUAUUAUUGCAGUAACACAGAAAUGCAGGACCAGCAAUUGGUGGAAAAUCCUAGCACCAUAGAAGCAUUAAGCUGGACGUCUUUGAAAGACCUUACGACCAAAGUGAGCGGUAUGUCUCUCAGUCAGAAUAAUGAGGGAAUUGACGAACGUAACAUAAAUGAAAGCAGAACUAAGGAAGAUACAGUGGAACUUGAAAUGAUGCAUCAGAGCCUCCCCUGGGGGAAUGGUAGAGGAAGAAAUUGUGAAGGGUUUUCUGAGAGCAUUCACUGUAUAUCAGAAUCCAACAGUUCAUGGGGUGAUUUUGAAAGUGCUCCUGAAGUUUUGGUGAAUUCAGCAGAAACAAAAACUUCUAAAACUGGCAUGGAGUUAUAUGGAGAACAUUGCAACACUUCUCAUGGGCAUCACUGCUCCAAACCAUCUGUACACAAUGGGAGGGAAGCUAGUGCUAGUUCUCAGGAUAAGGCCAAUCUCAGCUAUGAGGAUAUUUUUAAGUUGAGUUUUCCAGAAGUCAUUGUACCACAGUCCACAGAGAGCAUAAGAAGCUUAGAUCAAGUUCUUGACACAGAUAAUGAAGACAUUGGGAUUCCUGAAUUUACGAAGAGACAGCUUUGCAUUGACCCUGGAAACCUCUGGAGAACUCUUAGAGACCCCGAUAGCACCACAGGUUUAAGAUGUCCCUGGAAUAAAUCCCAUUGCCAGGAAAACUUCUUAUCUGCUCUUGGAAUAGAUGUAAAUCAAAAGGACUUCUCAGGGGACAGCAAAGAUGGUUUGGAGGAGACAAACAUUAAAAUAAAUGAAGACUUAGAAGAUGGAUUCAAUAUUAGUAACUGCAAAGCACUAAUUCAAACCAAGCUGGCUGUAUCACCAGAUUCCAGACAUGGUCAUUUCUUUAGUUAUAACCUGUUUUUGAAGAGAACACCAUCAAAUGGAAAUAUGCAAUUUAAAACAGUCCCAGGAAAGAAGAGGAUUUUCAGUACACACAGUCUAAAAAUGAAAAUUUUCAAUAGUGAUGUUUGCUAAAGCAAACGUACCUAUCUUUCCUUCAUUUAAAGGUUACCUUCAUUUUGUUACCGAAGACUGGAGAUGUUUUUGUGAAGGAAAAAAAGAAUCUUAUAUAAUAGUUGUAUGUUGCACCUAAAGCAAUUCUCUUACUAAAAGGUACUUAUUCUAUUUAGUUUUAGAUUCUAGUUUUGUCCUAGUAAAUUUUGGUGGCAGUCAUGAAGUCAUAUCUUGUAUGGUAAUCCAGCUAGAAUCAAGCGUUACAUUUAAAGGCAUUUGGUCGUCGCUCUGUGACCUUUUAAACAACUGUUCCCUUUUGGGUCUAAAUGGAUCUUUUUAAUUCUAACUCCCUCCUCCCCCCAAAAAUCUGAACACAUCUUUGGUGUGUUGUCAGGUGUGCCUUGGUGUUACCAUCUCUUUUCCUUGACUUGGUUUGGACCAUCCUUGGGUCUGGUACUGUGUGUUGCUGCUGAUCCCUUACUCCAAGGAGUCCCUCUCCACCUCCACCACACACACUAUAACUUUCACAUCAUUUUCUGUUUAUAACCAUGGCUCUGUACAGUUUUACCUCCGUUGCUGAAUGGCAUUUUUACUGAGGGGCGUUCUAACACAGUUUAACCAGCUAGCCUGGAUGGAGUCAGUGUUAUAAUCAGGUUCAGAAACUAUUCUAGGAUCAGUCUCUGCUUGUAACAGAAUGUCUUUUGAAUGUGGUUGUAACAUGACUUUAGAAACAUUCAGCCCCCAACCAUUUUAAACUGUGCAUAGUCAUCAUGGUUGUAAAACUGUUAGAAGCUAGUUGUGCAGACAAGGCCUUAUACUGUGCAGUGCUGUAGGCUACUAUUUUAAGACUGUAGUAUGAAAUUUAAUGACUAACUAGUUUGCCCACUGUCCUGCAUGUGGAAGUCUCAUAGUACCAAGUCAGAUACACUUCAUAGUUAAUAUCAGCCAUAGAAGCUAUGGCUCGCUCAUGACAAACAUUCAUCUUCACUUGGUGUAUAAGUUACAUUACUUGUUAGCAAGAACUUUAUAUGCAGGUUAUAUCGAUAUUUUUGUUAUGUUGUCCCUUACGAAUGUGAAAACUUUGUAUGAUUGUUUUUAUUCUAACAAGCCAGAUAAGCCUCUGUGACUUUAUGAAGAUAACUUUACAGCAUUAUAACAAGAGGUUUUGUACAUGUUAAAGUAUAUUGUAUAUAGUCGAAUUGUAAAGGCAUGUGACAGAGAAACUAGAUAUCUGAAAUUAAAUGUUUUAAAUGUUAAUUUAAAUACUAAAAUAAUUCAUUCUUUUUGUGUUAGGACCUGUAUUUAAAUGAGAUUCUCACUAAGGCCUUGCCAAGACUUAUGCACAUUCUUAACUUUAAGAACAUGCGUAGUCUGUGCUUAAAAUGAAGUGCAUAGGUAUUGGCAGAAUCGAGGCCUAAAUCGGUGUAAACUACAUUCAGCAGUAAAAUCAGAGCUGAAUUAUACAUUUACUAGCUGUAGUAACUUUCCGGUUACCUCAGUGCUAUUAAUUUAGGAAAAAGUGUUUGCAUAAUGCCUACUCAGUUAAUGGCAACAGUUUAACUUAACCAUUAGUCUUUUAUUUGACUAGGUGCCAUUUAACAGGGCCCAGGAAUCUAGGGCUCUGAUCCUACAAUGACUUCUGCGUGGCUAGACCCAAAGCUUUAUAUGGGUGUAGGAUCAGGGCUGAAGGUCUUAGAACUUUAAAGAAAUGCUGAGCUUCCGAAACCUUCUUAUAGUAAACAGUUGGCAAGAGCUAACAAGUCUGCACUGAUUUUUGUAAUGUUGUAUUUAAUAAAAUG